UACCGGAAACAAGUACCAAUGCAGGCGUCUCUACAAGCGUAUCAGAAAACCCGAUCCAAAGUGGCUUGUCCAAUGGUGCAAUUGCUGGGAUUAUUCUUGCACUUGCAGCACUAGGGGCAUUCAUCAUCUUCUUAAUUUGUUUCUACAUGAAGUUUCGAAGUAAAAAAUCAGAAAAGGAGAAAUCUCGAAAUGAGAACAACAGCUCAGCCAAUGCUAGGAGUAUCAUUUGCUGCCAAUGGAAAAACAAAAGAAUGGAUGCCGAAAAAACAGAGAGUCCCAUAAGAUCAGCCAGGCAAGCCAACUCUAAAAGUAUGGAUAUUGACUUGAUGAAUCACGUACGCCACCCUCUUUGGAUCCACAGUCACGGCAGCACACCACCUACCGGCACCGAAUCACCAGUAGUGCAACCACUAGAAGAUGGGACACCGACUCCACUACCGUUCUUCCAUCGUAAAGAGACACCUACAAUAACAAAAUCUGUAAAAGAAAAGUCUGCUGAAAAUUCUGAAAACCAAAGCAGAGUUUCUCUUCCCAUUACAUUAGUAAAAGAAAAUAGUAUUACUUAUUUCAAAUCAAAGGAAGGAAAGACGCAAACAUCUGCUGUCAGAGACAUUGUGGUACCAUCUAAACCGGUUGUUUUAACAGAUUUAGAACAAGAUACAGCAGAAAAGAAAAUCAAUGAUCACUUUGAACCAGAAGCGCAGUUAGUUAUUUCGCCUGCGCAAUCAAAUUACUCAAAGUCUUAUACAGUAUCCCCGAGUGUUGACCUUGAGAUAGAAACAGAAAGCCCAAACACAACACCGAAACCAACAUUAAGAUUACCUGUUUCACCAAAACCACGGGCUAAUAUAGCAAACAAAAAUGCAGACUAUGCUUUGGACAAAGAGGUUUCCAAGUUAACAAGCCAAAAAGAAAUAGCAAGUCGGAAUCAGGAUAGGAGUUCACGAACAAAUAUUUCAAGAGUUAAUACGAUGACCCCUGUGUCUAUCAGUGGGAAGGAAAAUGUCACAAAGCUCGCUUCGCCACCGGUUUUGAUUCAUUGUCUGGAAGAUACACACACUCAAAUAUCAAGGGUUAAUUCAAUAUCUCCUGUUCCGAUUUCUGAUAAGGAAAAGACGAGCACUUUUGUUUCAGAUGUUGAUAAAAUGAAUCAUUAUGUCUCUGAACAGAACAAACAUCACAUGAACCCGGACAUGUUAAAAAUAGGUAAAGAUAAACCAUCUGCUAGUUCAAAUCAUAGAUCUGAAAAUGCCCUUCCUGAUAAUCCACGUAUUGUUAGCACAUUCUUUUCAAAAGAAGAAAUGACAUACGCUUCAAAAUUCUUCGAUGUAAAGAAAUUAGAGAAGGACCAACCUAAGCAGAAAAAAAGAAGACAAAAGAUUAAGAAAACUAAACCUGCCGUAUCAGCAAUUUCUGGAAAAGAGUUGAAAUCAAUAAAAAAAUCAAAUAGUUGCAAGGCUUCAUCUGUCAAUGAAAAUGGUAAGAACCAUGCUUUUCAGAAUAUAGCUCGGUGUAAAACAUUUACUUCGCAGCAUAAUAAACUUGGUGAGUUCUACAACGAUGAUAUACCAAUACUGAAACCAAAUCAAAAAGCGAAGAAGAUUGAUAUUGAAGAAACCUUGGUUGGAAUUGCCUACGACGAUGACAAUGUGAAAUCAAGAAAUAGGAGAACAAAACCAACUGACAAAGAAGAACUCAAGAUAUCAACUUCAAAAUCUGUCACAUUUAGGCCUAUGUCAUCAGAAAACACUUCUUCGAGUAAUGAAGUAAAACAGUCUGCAUCAAAUUAUCCAGAAAAAAAUACGCAGACUUCGACAACUUCACAAAAUACUAUAGAUUCCAAUUUUCCAUUAAGUGUUGGUUCCAGAAGUGCACUUCGUGAGGGAACGAGGUUUUUCAUGGAAAACGAAACAUCCGUGGUUAAGUUAAACGUUAGUGAUGAAGAUAGUUAUAGUGAUGGAAAUGACACUUACGAAGAGUUGUCAGAAAGCGAAAUAAGUGAAGGUUUAACGGAAGAUGACGAAGAGUCUGAAAAUGAUACCGAUUCACAUACAAUCAAGCAGAUGCGUUCAAAUCCUCCAUCUGAAUACAUUUCUACUGCAAUGUCAGUUGUAUAUGGAGACGAAUCUGGAAGAGAAUCCGAUCCAGAUCGAAUGCUCAUUGCAAACUAUGACCCUUAUUUAGACGAAGACACUGAUUAAACGCGUUGAAACAAGUUAAAGCAAGGUGUUUGGAUAGAUUUACACGUAUAAGUUAAAACUUUCUCUAAUAAAUAAUUGUGGGAAAUGACAAGUAUAUUUACAUGUGUACAUUGUGAGGAAAAAUUACAAAUUAAAACUAUUUUGGGCUAUAACUCAGCCAUUACGAGAGAUAUCAGCUAUAUAUAUUGUCUUCAAGUUGAAAUAUCAAAACUUAUUUAAAAAAUAAUCUACGACAUGUGUGAUUUGGAAAUCAUAUUGUGAUUUGUGUGACGGUCCACAAGAGAAAGAACCGUUGUUUGGAGGCUUUAAUUUCUUUGAUAGUUUGACAUUUAAUGAUGGUUUUCCUGUCGAUUUGACGCAAGAAUCCCUUAUCUAACUAAAAUCCUAAUUAGGCGCCAGAUUGACGACGACAUUUUGCCAGAUUUGAAAAUUGUGUUUGAAAAUUGACAAACCUUAAAUUUCCAAAAAAUGCAAACAAGUCAUUGAAAGACAUGUGCUACCUAUUUUGAAGAACAAUGUAUUUACUGUCUCAGAUAGUCAAUAAAUUUUAGUCUCCUAUCAUUCUUAAAAAGGACAUGAACUUAUUUAUAUUGUAUAUUAGUGUUGUAAAUGUAAUAAUGAAACAAAAAGAUAAGGAAAAAUGAAUGUCAUUAAGGAAUCACAACUCUAAAGAUCUAAUGCUUUGUAUUGUAUGUGUUGUAUUAUGGGCCGGAGGCCUUUCUUUACAAAUAAAAUUUG